AAUACAUUUAUGUUUUUUGUUUGGUCAUAAGGGUGAAAUAGUACUUUCACUACUCCUUUAGGUUGGUUUUGCAUUUGACUGAAAGUGGGGUACACUUUUACAUUUGACUUGAAUAUUUGGGUUGGUUUUAGCAAAUGUCACCCUUAAAUAUGUGCAUUGCAUCUACACAUGGAAACAGUUUCUAAUUUGGCUUUUUUUACGAAAGAAUAUUUAUAUAUAAAAAUUUAGGUACUAAACUAAUUAUAUUGUAAUAUUUGAUUCCAAUAUUAUAUUAUAAAAUUUGAAUUUAAAAUUUUAACAUUGAGAUUUUUUGUAAAUAAAAAACAAAAUUAGGCGUAGAUAAUAUUUAAAUUUGAUAUGGCCGCUUAUCUUUGUCAAAAUUUUCCCAAUUCAUCCAUCUUCGGAUAAGCUUUGUUGUGUGAAGGUAUACAUAUCCAUUACCGUUUAUGUUACUGGAUAUGACACCUCUCUUAGUGAGAUUGAUACCGAGAGUGCAAUGCGUAAACAUUUCUCUUCAUGUGGAGAGAUAAUUGAAGUCGAUAUUUCCAAGAGCUCAGCUGAAUUGGCUAUUGACGGAGAAGAUGCGCAAGGCAAGGUGAUGGAACUUGAUGGAAGCGACAUGGGAGGAGCAAAUUACUUGUUGAGGUUAUUUGUGGGGGAAUAAACACUGUCCACAUGAGGCGUCAUUGUGCCCUCCGUAGGAGGUUAGAUGACUGCGGGGUGGAUAGCUCUAGAUUUACAAUUAGCAACAAGAAAAAACGUUAUGUAGUUUUCUUGUUACUUGUUAAUACAUUUUUACCUCAACCUAUCAUCGUCGAAUAGUAAUAUAAACACCAAAAAUCAUAUAAUCUUAACUCGAAAUGGAAUCCCGAUUCAGAGAAUCAGAGUGUAUGGGAACGAUAGGUUAUUUCGUAGCUUUCCGUACACACUUGCUUUAGGGACAUAUAUGACUCUCAUUUCACGCACUAGUCUCGCCAAAGCAGCACGUGAACCAUACCGUGAAGCUGAACGUAAAUUAACCAUAAUGAUCAACGGUUGAGAAUCACUUGGGUGAGAGCAAAACGAUAAGAAUGUCGACAACCUGGACAAGCUCAAGAUCAGGUAUAAGCUGUUCUUUUCAUAUGCAUUUAUAACUAAUUUUAAUAUGUUUUAUUAAAAAGAGUGAAAACUCUAAAACAUAGAUAUUUUAGAAACAUAGAUAUUUAUUUAAUAAUGAAUUGGCCGUUGUGCCCAAAAGUAGGGUAGUGGAGACGAUAUAAAUACCUCCUUCCGACCACAAAAAUCCCUACAGAUCGCUAAUGGAAACCCUAGCAAGCAAAGUCGAUCUUCUCAACUUGUCUCCGAUGGACAGUUCCAGGAUCAGGAUCAUUGGGCUGGCAUUGGACGACCCUCGUACUCUUCCACUCAAAACAAAAAUCCGUAACGUUGGAAGGAUUAUUGUUAAGGGGUAUGACGCCAAGCUUCCACAUGAUGAUGUUGAAAGCGCUUUGAGAAAAGUUUUCUCAUCAUGUGGAGAGAUCAAUGAUAUUUUUAUUUGCGAAACUGAAUAUCGUCUCUACAGUGAUGCUAUUAUUUAUUUCAUCGGAGAAGGCGCAGCAGAAAAGGCUUUGCAACUUAGUGGAAGUGACGUUGGAGGAUGGAAGCCCAUUGUUACACCUUAUCCU